AAAGUACUUGCUUACCUACUGGCCUCUCACCCCCUGACGAAAGGUUGGGCAUGAUCUGUCAUUUCCCUUCCACCCCCCUUCUUAAAUUUCCAGGUUCCCAUCAUCGGUCUGCCUCCCCCCAGAAAACUCCCUUCUGUCUUCCCUCUCGCUCUCCUUCUCCAAGAAUAAACUUAUUCCAACGCUAUGGAUCAGGAGCCCGACCUUAUUCCCUCGUCCCCGUCUAACUCCUCCGUCUCAUCGUCCGAUCUGGACACCGAGUCGACCGGUUCGUUCUUUCACGACCGGAGCACGACGCUCGGGACUCUGAUGGGCGUGUCCUUCCGGGAGAUCGCCGUCCGGCCGGCGAGGGUCCCGUCAUGGCGGGAUCACGGCCACGUCGACGGCGUUGGCGUCGUCGGCGGCGGCGGAGGAGAGGGGGGCGGGAGGAGGCCGAAGCAGAGGGGGGCGCCGGAGAAGCGGCGGCGGCGGAACCGCGGGGGGCGAAGGUGGUGGCGGCUGUGCCGGGACGACAUGGUGCGGCCCACCUCGCUGGGGGAGUUCCUCCAGGUGGAGCGGCAGCUGGGCGGGGCCGCCGCCGCCGGCGAGGUGGCGGACGGCCACUUUCUCUACGUCGGUGGCGAGGGGGUGGCGGAGCACGAGGCGGUGGGCGCCGGGCCGCUGUUUGAGGACGGGAGGGUGCUGCCGCCGCUGCCGCCGGCGGAUGGACGGCGGCGGCAGCACCAGAGGGCAACGGAGGGGGCGGGGUCGCUGGGGAGGUUGCCGGUGCUGCUUACCGGGAUCUGCAGCGGGGGUGAGGGGUAGAUUUGUAAUUAUAAAUCCUGUCUUUCUCUCUUCCAGUAUAUAUAAAGUUUAUUCCUGGAUUUUUCUCUACA